AUGAGUCUUUUCAGGAUUACCUCAACAAAACUAGUAGAAGCGCAGAAACUAUGCCCAACGGCGACUAUUCUGCUGAGGAAGUUGAGCGCGGAGCAGACCAACCUCAAGAGCGUCCUCCAGGAGAAGAUACCUAAGGAGCAGGAGAAGAUCCGCGAGUUCCGCAAGAAGCAUGGCGCCACCAAAGUCGGCGAGGUCACCGUCGACAUGAUGUACGGCGGCAUGCGUGGUAUCAAGGGUUUGGUGUGGGAGACUUCCGUUCUGGACCCCGACGAGGGCAUCAGGUUCCGUGGUCUCUCCAUCCCCGAAUGCCAGCAGCAGCUUCCCAAGGCCAAGGGGGGCGAGGAACCCCUCCCCGAAGGUCUCUUCUGGCUCCUUGUAACCGGAGACAUACCCACCGAGGCACAAGUCAAGGCCAUCUCCAAGGAGUGGGCGCAGAGGGCCGAGCUGCCAGCUCACGUCGUAACUAUGCUGAACAACAUGCCAAGCAAGUUGCAUCCCAUGUCGCAGUUCUCAGCGGCCGUAACGGCCCUGAAUAGCGAGUCGAAGUUCGCGAAAGCCUACUCCGAGGGUGUCCACAAGUCGAAGUACUGGGAGUAUGUCUACGAGGACACAAUGAACCUGAUCGCGAAGCUGCCCGUGAUCGCAGCGACGAUCUACCGCAACACGUACCGCGACGGCAAGGGCAUCGGCGCCAUCGACGACAACAAAGACUGGUCGGCCAACUACUGCACGAUGCUCGGCUUCGACGACCCCCAGUUCACCGAGCUGAUGCGGCUGUACCUCACCAUCCACAGCGACCACGAGGGCGGCAAUGUGUCUGCGCACACAACGCACUUGGUGGGCUCCGCCCUCAGUGACCCGUACUUGUCCUUCGCGGCAGGUCUCAACGGCCUAGCUGGACCUCUGCACGGCCUGGCCAACCAAGAGGUGCUCAUCUGGCUUGAGAAGCUACGCAAGCAAGUUGGUGACAACUUCACAGAGGAUCAACUGAAAGAGUUCAUCUGGAAAACUCUCAAGUCUGGACAGGUGGUACCUGGAUAUGGCCAUGCUGUGCUCCGGAAGACUGACCCUAGAUACACAUGCCAACGUGAAUUUGCCCUCAAGCAUCUGCCAAAUGACCCGCUGUUCAAGCUGGUCGCAGCUGUUUACAAAGUGGUGCCACCAAUUCUCACUGAGCUCGGCAAGGUCAAGAACCCAUGGCCCAAUGUAGACUCUCACUCUGGAGUCCUCUUACAGUAUUACGGUCUGAAGGAGAUGAACUACUACACCGUGAUGUUCGGCGUUUCGCGCGCCCUCGGCGUGCUCGCCCAGCUGAUCUGGUCCAGGGCGCUGGGGCUGCCCAUCGAGCGGCCCAAGUCGCUCAGCACCGAGAUCCUCAUCAAGCAGCUCGGCAAG